CCGGGGGAAGAGUGAAGAAACCCCCGGGCCAAAAUCCUCCUGCCCUUCGCAGGUACCCGUCCAUGGCGACUUCCUCUGCCUCUUCCUCUGCCUCUUCCCCUUCCCCGUCCCUCGUCGACUCUCUUUUCCAGCGCUCCCUGGACGACGUGAUCAAAUCCCUCCGCUCCGACCCCGCCGGCGAAUCCGCCGCCCUCUGUCCGGCGCCCUCGCCUGACAUCUCGCCCGAGACCCUCCCGACCCCUUCGAGCCAAUAUCCCUCGCCCUCCAGAAAGCUCACCUACCGCUCGCCUCCCUCCACAUCCUUUCCCACUCGUUUUCCCUAUAACCGUCGGUCGUCGUCGUCGUCGUCGCGAUCGCAGCGCCUUCCCCCGCUCGAACCCUCGCCUCCCUCUCUCUCGCCUUCAACGCGCCGCCUACCUCUUCGCCUGCUCCCACCUCCACCCGUCCCGCCACCGACGCUCCUCCCUCGCCACGCACCCAGCCCACAAGGACUUGACAACCUCUCUCCCCCCCUCCCUCCCCUCCUCCCCUCACACUUCUCUCCUCCCCGCCGCCAUCCCCUCACCCCUGCCGCCCAGCCUUCGCCCCCGAUCCUCCCCCCUCUCUCCCGCCCCCUCCUCCCACUCUCGCCCCAAUCCAUUCGCCGGCCGCCUGCCUCGCGAACGCCUCUUCCGCCCUCCCGCCCGACGACCCACGCGCCCUCUCCGCCGCCGCGCGCCUUCUGUGAGCUCUCCGCGCCGCCCGCCGACCCCGCCCCCUACCUCCCCCUCGCCCCCGACUUCUACCGCAUUCUCGCCACCUCCCGCAACAACUGGGUCCUCAUCAAGGUCCUCAAGAUCUUCUCCCGCCUCGCCCCCCUCGAGCCCCGCCUGCCCGCCCGCAUCGCCGACCCUGUCUGCCAGCUCUUGCGCGGGUCCACCGCCAAGUCCCUCGUCCUCGAGUGCGUCCGCACCGUGCUCUCCAGCCUCUCCGCCGUCGACGACGCCGUUAAGCUCGCCAUCGAGAAGACCAGGGAGUUCUUGGCCGCCGACGAUGACCCGAACCUCCGGUACCUCGGCCUUCAGUGCCUUGCGAUGCUCGGGCCCGAGUAUUCCUGGGCGGUGGAGGAGAGCCACGAGGCCGUCCUCCGGUCCCUCACCGACUCCGAUCCCAACAUCCGCCGCGAGGCCCUAAGGCUUAUGAUGAGGACGGUGGUCGAGAGCAGCGCGGUCGAGGUCUCCUCUCUGUUAAUCAGCCAGGCGCUGAAGUCCGACCCGGAGUUCGCCAACGAGAUUCUCGGAUCCGUCCUCGCGACCUGCGGGCGGAACCUUUACGAGCUGAUUGCGGAUUUUGAUUGGUAUGUGUCCCUUCUCGGGGAGAUGGCGAGGAACCCGCAUUGUAACCACGGGGCGGAGAUCGAGCGCCAGCUCGUGGAUAUUGGCUUGAGGGUGAGGGACGCGAGGCCGGAGCUUGUUCGUGUCGCCCGUGACCUUCUUAUUGAUCCUGCAUUGUUGGGUAACCAUUUUCUCUGUAGGAUACUAUCGGCUGCUGCGUGGAUCUCAGGAGAGUAUGUUGAGUUUUCGAAGAACCCGGUAGAGCUGGUAGAGGCGCUUCUGCAGCCGAGGACUAGUCUUUUGCCGGCGUCGAUGAGAGCUGUCUACGUCCAGGCAGUGCUUAAAGUUCUCUCAUUUUGUUGUAAUUCAUACAUCGAGCAAUUAGAAUCGACUCGUUCUUCGUUAUCUAUUGGUAGCUUAACCACCGGAGAGGAGCUCAAGGAUGAGUUGAGUUCCAUAGAGAGGAAGGAUCCCUUCUCUCAUGAAUCUAUUCUAUACAUGAUUAAUUUGAUCGAAACGGCAGUAGGACCGCUUGCACAGUGCGACGAAGUGGAAGUUCAGGAGAGGGCGCGGAAUGUUCUCGGUUUCAUUCGUGUGGUGAGAGAUAUUCGAGAUUGGAAAAGUGGAGAGGAAGGCCUUGAUUGCGAUAGCAGGAUCAGCGAAAUUGUCAAACUUCUGCACAAUGUGUUCUCCGAAGAGCUCGGUCCGGUUUCUGCGAGUGCUCAGAAGAGAGUUUCGCUACCUGAGGAUCUCAUUCUGAAUGAAAAUCUUGCUGAUCUAGCAUCUUUUGUAAGUGACGACGAUACAACUCCAUCUACAUCAAUCACAUUCUACCCACCAAGCCGCCGAACUACGGAAACCAAAGAGGAACCUGCAAAAUUAGGUGGGUCUACUUCUCUUCUUGCGGAACACCGGAAAAGGCAUGGACUCUAUUAUCUUCCAUCCGAGAAAAAUGAAAAUGAAUUGAACGAUUACCCACAUGCCAACGAUCCUUUAUUGCCGGUCCGUUAUGACGGUUCAAGUGAAGAGGUUGUAAAACUUAGUGAGCAGUCGUUUGUCGUGAGAAAGACAAAGAACUCAAAGCCGAGACCGAAGGUGGUGAAAUUGGAUGAAGACGAGAGUGUCCUGACUUCCAUUGUGACGACAAAGAAGGAAUCAGUAGAUGAUCCUUUAUCUGGCGCAAUCAGGGAUGUGCUUUUGGGCAAAGAAGGCAAGCCUUCAUCUUCGCAAAAGAAAUUUUCAGAUAGGUCCUCACGAGGAAUGCAGAAAGAUGAUAGUGAAUCUACAUCUCAGCUGAAUGAAAAUUUAGAAUUGUGUGACAGAGAACAUGGGAGUUCAAGUUCUAGGAAGAGCAGACACCGCAGCCACAAUAAAGAAAGAGAUAGGAGCCCUGGGAAAAAUGAGGAAAAAGGAGAAAAAAGUCAUAGGAGUUCAACGAGGAGUAGUCAUCACCAUGGAAGGCAUAAGCAUAGGCAAAGGGCAGAUGCUCCUUUAGCUGUAGUUCCACAAGCACCAGUCAUCCAAGAUUUCCUUUUGUAGUUGGUGUGGCCUGUUUGGAGUGUGUGUCGUUCUGGCAGGUUUAAGUUCAUUACCCUUCUUCUAAAGGUCAGAUACAUGCUGAUUUUCUCCUCUCUUAAUUUCCAUGUAUUUAUUUAUUUUUUUAUUUGGUUUUCUCAUCUGAAGUUGUUUGAGUGUUGGAAUUCUAUACUUCGUGUUCAAUCAAUAGAGACACUUAUACAAGUUCCUACAAGCAAA